AACUAGUUAGAGUCGAUUUUUCAACUUGUAAGACUCAAUUACCCAUUCUAUUAUCACUAUUUUUCAUUCAUAAAGUGUUUUUCCCUUCGUUAAUUAUAUCGUAAAAAGUAAAAUUUGAGUGUAUUUUUCCCCGAAUAACAUAUAAGAGUGGGUUGACCCGCCCCGCCCCGUAUCCACUCGAGUUUUACCCGCCCGCCCCGCCCCGUAGUAACGUGAGACGGAGCAUGAGAUUUGAGUUACCCGCCUGCCCGACCCAUUACCAUCCCAUCACUACUAUUACUGGUUGCUAGCUAGCUAGUACUUUAAUUCUAGACAAGCCCACAGUCCAUGCAAUUAAGUUGUUACCAGAACCAAUAAUUAAUUUCUCAUAAAGUUGGAUGGGAAUUGGUAGAUUUCCAACGAAAAAGGCCCAUUGACUGAUGAUGGAGAUGCUUAUCAGAAUGAUUUGUGGUUUAGUAACUAACUUUUCCCAUCUGAAACUUUUUUUCUUCUUUUCUUCAGCACACCAUUUGGUCUUAGCUAGUCUUCGCUCAUAUGACUAAUAAUUAAUUCGAUAAUGCAAUAUGCUUUCACCCUGAAAAGACUUCAUCACUCAACUUGGACCCCUUCUCUUCUAGAAUGGAACUACACUCCCAAAUCAACUUGCUCCUUAGAAUACUUGGACUUGUAACUCUUUGUUUUGGAAUUUUCACCCAUUUUCACAUUACAAUAUGUAUAACACAUGUUGUAUGGAUCUCUCCCCACCCCAAUAUCAGACUCCAAAAUGGACCAAGAGUCAAUAAAACAUGUGGCCAGCCAUUUUGACGUCAUAAUCUAUUUUAUCUCAAUAAUAUUCAUUCGUAUGUACGUUAAUUUGAAUAUUUUUAUUAAUUAAUAUAAGCAUGUUUAUUAAUCAUGUAUAAUCAUUUAAUCAUUUAUUGUUUCUUGCAUGUUUCUCAUUUAGAUUUCAUAUUGAACAUAAAAAUAUUGCAUAUAUUUUUUUUCAAAUCCUAAAAAAGAAUAGACGACCGAUCUAUCUCGAUCCAUAAUGUUACUCAACCUAACCCACAUCAUGCACAAUCUAAGUAAGAAUCUUUGACCUACCCACCCUAUUGCCUGCCAUCCCCAACUAUAAGUACAUAAUCGUUCCUUCCAUCUCCUGCACUCAUCUCAUCAUCAGUAAAGGCUAUUCUUGAAUACAUAACGAAAACCAAAACAUCCACUAUAUAGGAGAAAAGAAAAACAUGGCCGCCGCGGCUAGUCCAACACUACUAGUGUUACUAUUACUACUACUCCACAACUUCCCCUCAUCUCCCUCCGCCGCCUCCCCCACCGCACGACGUCUCCUGGCCGCCGACGACCACGACGUCCAGUACUUCCCGGACGCCGCGGUAUCCGCCGGCCCGCCGGUUCCUAUCCUGGACAUCGAGGGCAAGACCGUCAAAGCCGGGGGCAGCUACUACAUCAUCCCAGCCAACACCACCACGCAUGCCGGCGGCGUGGGGAUGAGCAGCCUAUCAGCCACCUCCACGUGUCCGCUCUCGGUGAUCCAGGACCGGCACGCGGACUCCAACGGCUCCCCGCUCUCAUUCCUCCCCGUGGCCACGAAGCUCGGCUACAUCGUCCGCACCUCCACGGACUUGAACAUCGAGUUCACCACGACCGACGCUUGCGAGGAAGGCGGGGUGUGGAAGGUGGAGGAGUACGACGAUGACGUGGAGCAGUGGUUUGUGGGGACCGGCGGGGUGGAAGGGAAGCCAGGGGCGAGGACGGUGGAGGAUUGGUUCAAGAUCGUCAAGUACGGAGUUAAUAAUUACAACUACAAGCUGGUGCACUGUCCGGGCGUGUGCAAGUCUUGCAAGAUCAAGUGUAAGGACGUCGGGGUGUUCGUUGACGAGAAUGGGGUCAGAAGGCUUGCUCUCACCGAAGACCGCCCUUUUGUGGUCAAGUUCAUGAGGGCUGAUAUAUAGACAGACAGUUAAGGGGGACACAACACUACAAAUUAAAGCUGAUUGAUCGACUGCGUCGUGCAUGAUCUUUCCUUUUGCUAGAGUGUUCAAAUUCUACCAACAUUUUGCGUUUUUAUUAUUAUAUAUUGUGAUGUUGUACUAUUUUGAGAGUGUCAUUAAAAUUAGAAAAGAAAAGGAAGAAUAAUAAAUGCGUGUUAAGUUUCGAUAUGGUAAGUUGAAAUUGCAUGAUUCGAUGUUGGUCACGACAGAUUUGACGGUUUUGAGCAAUGAAUGAUGGAGUUUAAGUUUUUGCUAUUAUUGGGUAUGUUCACGUGCGUGAUUGAAAAAUAUGAAUUAUCAAUCAGAGAUCAAAGGGACUAGUGUUUGAGUAUGAAAGUGUUGGAGGGUACAAGUAGAGAUCAAUGGAGCUACACGAGCAAGGGUGUGUCGCAACCAGCGAGAAGCCACCUCGAAAUUAAAGGUCCUGCACAAAAGGUAUGCAGGCAUUUGAAGAUUUAGUUAGAUAGACAAGUGAAAAAAGUCAUGAAUGUGUUUGGUUAAAAUUCUAUACGUGAUCACCAUUCGAAAAUAUAUUGCUCAUUUAAAGGAAUGAUACAUUAAAAGAGAUAAAUAAUACUAUAUUCCAUUCCAAUAAAAUAGUAGUGAAAUAAUUGUUCAAAAAAUUUGUUCGAGCAAAAAUCAAGCAGAUUUCUUCACCAAUUCUCUCUCGAAGACAAUUUUUGUAAAAUUUGUUCGUGAAAUUGGUGUUGGACGACUCAAAGACAUGAACUGAUAUGGUAAGGGGUAGCAUAUACAAAGUGCAAUCAUUUUUUCUUAAUCGUGAUAUUUCUCACUUGAUUUUCACGGAAUUGAGCGGAUUUCUUCCGAGUCCAUUUUUUGCAGAUUUCAAAAGUGUAAAGCUUAGUUUUUUGGGCGAUUUUUCCGAAAUACCAUUUUCGUUUGAUUUUGGAGGCUACAUGUCACGGAUUUAGUUCGAGACUAUUCUCCACCGAUAAUGAAGUCUAUUGAUCCUAUUCCACACAAAUAAUUAAGUCCAUAUUAAGCUCAGAAUUGGGCCAAUUUACUUUGGGAUGACAUUUUCAUAAUUCUUUGGGCGAUUGUUUUUCGAAAGGUCAUUUUCCUUUGAGUUUGAAGGCUACAGAUCACGGAUUUGGCCUGAGGCUAUUCUUCAACGACGAUUAAGUCCACUAAGCACGGAUUUGGGCGGACUUUUUCCCGCUCCAUUUUUUGCAGAUUCCAAAGGAGUACUACAUAGAUUUCGUGCGAUUUUUCCGAAAUGUUAUUUUCUUUUGAUUUAGGAGGCUACAGAUCAUGGAUUCAGUUCGAGGCUAUUCUCCACCGAUAAUCAAGUCUAUAGAUCCUAUUCUCCACCAAUAACUCAGUCCAUUAAGCACAGAAUUGUGCUAAUUUAUUUUGGGAUGACAUUUUCGAAAUUCUUUGGGCGAUUUUCGUUGAUUUUGAAGGCUACAGAUCACGGAUUCGGCCUGAGACUAUUCUUCAACGAUGAUUAUGUUCACUAAGUACGGAUUUUGGCUGAUUUCUUCUGGGUCCAUUUUUGACAGAUUCCAAAGAGGUAACAUCACAGAUUUCAGGCGAUUUUCCAAAAAUGCUAUUUUCUUUUGAUUUUGGGUGCUACAGAUCACGAAUUCAGUUCGAGGCUAUUCUCCACCGAUAACGAAGUCUAUUGGUCCUAUUCUUCACCAAUAAUUAAGUUCAUUAAGCACAGAAUUGGGCCAAUUUAUUUUGGGAUGGCAUUUCAUAAUUCUUUGGGCCGUUGUUUUUUGAAAGACCAUUUUCCUUUUAUUUUGAAGGCUACAGAUCACGGAUUCGACCAUAGGCUAUUCUUCAACGACGAUUAUGUCCACUAAGCAUGGAAUUUCGCUGAUUUCUUCCGGGUCCAUUUUUGGCAGAUUCCAAAGGGGUACCAUCACAGAUUUCAGGCGAUUUUUCCGAAAUGUUAUUUUCUUUCGAUUUUGGAGGCUACAGAACACGGAUUUUUUUCGAGGAUAUUCUCCACCGAUAAUGAAGUCUAUUGGUCCUAUUCUCCACCAAAAAUUAAGUUCAUUAAGCACAAAAUUGUGUCAAUUUAUUUUGGGAUGGCAUUUUCGUAAUUCUUUGGGCGAUUGUUUUUCGAAAGGCCAUUUUCCGUUGAUUUUGAAGGCUACAAAUCACGGAUUCGGCCUGAAGCUAUUCUUUAACGAUGAUUAAAUCCAUUAAGCACCGAUUCGGGCGGAUAUCUUCCGGGUUAAUUUUUGGCAGAUCCCAAAGGGGUACCAUCACCGAUUUCGGGCGAUUUUUCCGAAAUGCCAUUUUCUUUCGAAUUUGGAGGCUACAGAUCACAUAUUCAACCCGAGGAUAUUAUCCACAUAUAAUGAAGUCUAUUGAUCCUAUUCUCCGCCAAUGAUUAAGCCCAUUAAGUAUCGAUUUGGGCGAAUUUAUUUUGCGAUGGCAUUUUCGUAAUAUUUUAGACGAUUUUUUCGAAAGGCUAUUUACCAUGGAUUUUGAAGGCUACAGAUCAGGGAUUCGGUCUGAGGGUAUUCUUCAACGAUGAUUAAGUCCAUUAAGCACUGAUUUGGGCGGAUAUCUUCCGGGUCAAUUUUUGGCAGAUCCCAAAGGGGGUACCAUCACCGAUUUCGGGCAAUUAUUCCGAAAUGCCAUUUUCUUUCGAUUUUGGAGGCUACAGAUCACGGAUUCAACCUGAGGCUGUUUUCUACAUAUAAUGAAGUCUAUUGAUCCUAUUCUCCGCCAAUGAUUAAGCCCAUUAAGCAUCGAUUUGGGCGAAUCUAUUUUGGGAUGGUAUUUUCGUAAUAUUUCAGACGAUUUUUAUCAAAAGGCCAUUUACCCUGGAUUUUGAAGGCUAAGGAUCACAGAUUCGGUCUGCGGCUAUUCUUCAACGAUGAUUAAGUCCUUUAAGCACAGAUUCGUGCGGAAUCUUCCGGGUCAAUUUUUGGCAGAUCCCUUCGGGGUACCAUCACCGAUUUCGGUAGAUUUUUCCGAAAUGCAAUUUUCUUUCAAUUUUGGAGGCUACAGAUCACAGAUACAACACGAGGCUAUUCUCCACAUAUAAUGAAGUCUAUUGAUCCUA